GUGCUUGCCGCCGCGGCCGCCGCGGCGCUGCUGUCGCAGCCGAUGGAGCCCGCCGUGGCGAAGGACGUGCUGCUGUCGGCCACCGCGGACCCGAACGAGAACAUCGCGGCGCCGCUGAUCGACAACUCGAACCUGGUGAAGGGCGUGCCGUUCGCAGGGGAGAACGCCCCGCGGUACGCGCCGCAGACCUCCCAGUCCGAG